UUCUAACGAAGUUUCUAUUUCAUUUUUAUGCGUAAAAAACAUAUUACGUAGCAAUACGUAUGGUAUUCUAACCUAAGUGCAUGAUGAAGGCCAAGUAUUUAAUAUUGCUUAGUUUAUUGGCCUUGUCAAUUCAGUCUGCCUCCGGUGAAUUUAUGACGGCAGGGGUUGUGGCUGUGGGUUCAGCUAUCCCAGCAGGCUUUCUUGCUGGGUUUAAUGUGAUCAACUGUAUUUUCAGUGAAUGCUGUGAUGACAAAUGGAUCUCUACAAAUUUUACUGACCUGUCACUUACUAUGAGGUCAAAAUUAUAUGGCCAGCAUCUUGUCACAGAGCCUGUUGUCAAACAUCUUAAAGGUCAUGCCAGGGAGAAUCCCAGCAAAGCCCUUGCACUGUCAUUUCAUGGAUUAACAGGCACCGGGAAGAACUAUGUCUCCCGUAUUGUGGCAGAGAAAAUUUUCCGUUAAGGAAUGAAGAGUAAAUAUGUUCACCUGAUAUUAGCCACAAAGGAGUUCCCUCACUCAGAGAUGAUAUCAUUUUAUAAGGACAAGUUACGAGACAUUAUUGAACGAGCUGUAAAGGAAUGCCCUCGUUCCUUGAUUGUUAUUGAUGAGAUGGACAAAAUGCCCCCAGGAGUGAUCGACACUAUCAAACCAUACCUGGAUUUCUAUGAAGAGCUUGGUGGUGUGGACUACAGAAAAUCUACAUUCUUUUUCCUCAGCAACACAGCGGGUACAGAUAUAGCGGAGAGGACCAUCAAGUACUGGUCAGAGGGAACACCCAGAGAGAAUAUCAGGCUGAAAGAAAUGGAGGAGGUCAUAAGGCUCCCUGCCCUUAAUGUGAAAGAAAGUGGAUUAUGGCACAGUGAGCUAAUCACGAAAAACCUCAUUUCAUCCUAUAUUCCAUUCUUGCCUCUGGAGCGCAAACAUGUGAAACAGUGCAUUCGAGAUGGACUCGUGCAGAGAGGAUUCUACGCUACCGAAUCAGUCAUUCCUGAUUCCAAGUUACAGGAGAUUGCAGAUGAGCUGCAGUACUACCCCAAGGAUCUAAAUGUUUUCUCAUCCACAGGAUGUAAACGGAUUCUUGAAAAGAUUGACUUUGUCAUGGAACAAAUCUAACUGUAAUUGGACUACAAUGUACAUGGUUUUAAACAAAGUGAAUGUGGUGGUUCAAAUAACACUUCAUAUUGACAGCCUCAGAGGUUUUGGGCUUUGUUGUCUGGGAUUCCUGGUUCAUGGGAAGAAAGGCUGUUAUGACAUAUUGUGCUAUAAUAUAUGUUUUGCAGCGUUCAGGCUAAUGCCUCUGCCAAUGGGAUAAUAUUUAAUCAUGAAGAAGAGCUCUCACAACAACAAGUCCAUAAAGCAAAUUACAAAACUGCCAAUUUUCAAUUAGUUAUGAAAACUACCGGCAAAUUUCCAUUAGUAAUUAAUUGGUUUUAUUAAGUGAGUUAUUAAUAAGCUCAAAAAUGCCACCCAGCCUAAGGUCAUGGAACAAUUGGUCAGUGCCAGGCUACGCCCAGCCUUCUUACAUAAGCAAUGACAAGACCAAAAAUAAACACUAAAUUUUACUUAGUAAUUAAGCUUGCAUAUGAUUUUUAGUAUAAAAACUGUGCUCAUAUUGGAAUUGAUUAUUGCAUAUUAUGGUGCAAUAAAUUCUAUGUGUGUGAA